CCCCCCCCCCCCCCCCCCCCCUUCCCUUCGUCUUCGUCGCUGCCGUUACCGGAGGCACAGAGAGAGAUGGCGCGAGUCUCCAAUGCCAGGAAGAGGCAGGGCGCCAAGCCCGCGGCCGCCGCCACGCCAUCCUCCGCCGCGGAUCCCGCCCACAACAACACCACCAGCAGCAGCGCCAAGCAGGCCGCCGGGAGCGGCGACCGCCCCGUGCGCGUCUACGCCGACGGCAUCUUCGAUCUCUUCCACUUCGGCCACGCCCGCGCCCUCGAGCAGGCCAAGAAGCUGUUCCCCAAUACGUAUCUGCUCGUCGGAUGCUGCAACGACGAGCUUACCAAACGCUACAAGGGGAAGACCGUCAUGACCCAGGAGGAGCGAUACGAGUCCCUGCGCCACUGCAAGUGGGUCGAUGAGGUCAUUCCUGAUGCUCCAUGGGUUCUCACACAGGAGUUCAUUGAUAUACAUCAGAUUGACUACGUUGCUCAUGAUGCGUUACCCUACGCUGAUACUAGCGGGGCUGCAAAUGAUGUCUAUGAUUUUGUUAAAAAGAUUGGAAAAUUCAAGGAAACAAAAAGAACAGAUGGGGUUUCUACUUCGGACCUCAUAAUGAGGAUCUUGAAGGACUACAAUCAGUAUGUCAUGAGAAAUUUAGCACGGGGCUACUCAAGGAAGGAUCUAGGUGUGAGCUAUGUCAAGGAGAAACAACUGCAAGUUAAUAUGAAGAUUAAUAAACUGCGAGAAACUGUGAAGGCGCAUCAGGAAAAGUUGCAAACAGUGGCAAAGACUGCUGGGUUAAAUCAUGAUGAGUGGCUUGCUAAUGCGGACCGCUGGGUUGCCGGUUUCCUGGAGAAGUUUGAGCAACACUGCCACAACAUGGAAACAGCAAUCAAGGACAGGAUACAAGAGAGGCUGGGGAGACAGCUGAGCAAAGGAAUGAGCGCUGGUCUUGUGCAGCAACCAGUGGCAGCCUAAGUGCGUUGCUGCAGUGUAGAUGAAACCUCGUGUACCUGCUGUCAGUCUAGAGUGAAAUGGACCAAUGCUCCUCAGGUGGUGUGUGCAUGUGUGGUGCGGUCACAUGGAAUGCGGAUGCUUGUAAGAGUGCAACGCAGUUGCUGAGGCGUUUUUAGUUUUGUGAUGCAAAUGGAAAGCCGUAUACAAAUGUCUAUAUGAGAGGCGUUUGGUGUUUUGGCAUCAUUACGGACGUGUUUAUUUUGUACGUAAGGGGGUUAGAUUAACCUUUCUGUAAUCGAUAUUGGUGUUUAUUUUGUGGCUAUAUAUAUUAUAUAUUCCAUCUAUAAUGGGUAAAGGCAACAUUCAACG